ACGACGACGAAGCCUCCGGCGGGGAGCGCGAGCGAGGGACUCCCUUCCUUCCUUCCUUCCUUCCUUCGUUCUCUCCCUUGAGUCUUCCCUCCUCCUCCUUGCUUGGGGCCCACCUGUGGCGGGAAGGUUGAAUCUCCAGUCUUCGAAAUGCUUGCAAACAAAAUCGUUUUGGGCUUUUCCCCUCUGGAUUUGGGAAUACCUGUAGUUGGAUCUACGCUCCUAAUGAGGUCUCUUGGAGACGGGACCCAAAUCUAAACACAGAAUUCGUUGAUUCACCAUAAGCAUCUUGCACUCAUAGCCUGAAGAGUGACUGGUUGGCUUUAGAUCAAUCGACAGCCUUCAUCCAUGGGAGUGGGAGACUGCUUUUCAACAGGGUGAUUCUAUUUUGAAAAACUAGAACCUCUCUGUGAUGGAAAAUGGAAGACAGAGGAACCCGGGUUGCUGACUACUUCGUUGUGGCAGGAUUGACAGAUAUUUCAAAACCACUUGAGGAGGAAAUCCACUUCAACGAUGCCUGUCACAAACUUGCUAAGCCAAAGGAGCCGAUCACCGAUGUUGCUGUCAUAAUUAAAUCUCUGGGGGAAGAGGUCCCUCAUGGUUACAGAUGCAUCGAUGUGACUCCCUCAGGAUUAUCGGCAGAUCUCAACAAUGGCAGCCUUGUGGGACCACAGAUAUAUUUGUGCUACAGGAGAGGAAGGGACAAACCUCCACUAACUGAUCUGGGGGUUUUAUAUGAUGGGAAAGAGAGACUCAAACAGGGUUGUGAAAUUAUUCAAGUAACUCCCUAUGGCCGCCCUGCAAAUAUCAGCGGGGGAAGCUCCUCACAGAAAGUAUACAUCACUUACCGAAGAGCCAUGGAGAACAUGACACAGAAUACUUUGGCUGUGACAGAUAUAUGCUUAAUUGUACCUAGCAAAGGAGAAACUCCGCCACAUACCUUUUGCAAAGUUGACAAGAAUCUGAACAACAGUAUGUGGGGCACAGCAGUCUACCUGUGUUAUAAAAAGUCAGUGGCGAAAACAAACACCAUAUCAUAUAAAGCUGGUCUAAUAUGCAGAUAUCCAGAAGAUGACUACGAUUCAUUUCCCUUACCCGUAUCAGUCCCCCUCUUCUGCCUCCCAAUGGGCGCCACAAUUGAAUGCUGGCCAUCAAAUAGUAAAUAUCCCCUCCCAGUUUUUUCUACAUUUGUGCUUACCGGAGCUUCUGCGGAAAAGGUCUAUGGUGCUGCUAUUCAGUUCUACGAAACAUAUUCCGAGGACAAACUCACAGAAAAGCAGAAGUCUCAACUAGGCCUCAUGGAUACAGCAGAUGGGAAAUCUGCUGCUUCUAAAACGGUCCAGACUAAUAAAUGCAUCUGUCUUCUUUCUCACUGGCCAUUCUUUGAUGCUUUCAAGAAAUUCCUUACCUUUCUGUAUCGUUACUCCAUAUCCGGUCCACAUGUCCUGCCUAUUGAAAAACAUAUUUCCCACUUUAUGCACAAGGUUCCUUUUCCAUCCCCACAGAGGCCGAGAAUUUUAGUCCAAUUAUCACCUCAUGAUAGCCUGAUCCUUAGUCAACCCAUUUCAUCACCUCUGCCACUGAGUGGAGGCAAAUUUUCUGCCCUUCUGCAGAACCUUGGGCCUGAGAAUGCCGUAACUCUCCUUGUUUUUGCGGUGACAGAACAUAAGAUCCUUAUCCAUUCUUUGCGGCCUUCGGUCCUUACUAGUGUGACAGAAGCACUUGUCUCAAUGAUCUUUCCCUUCCACUGGCCCUGCCCCUACAUUCCCCUCUGCCCCCUCGCCCUGGCAGAUGUGCUGAGCGCCCCGUGUCCAUUCAUCGUAGGAAUUGAUUCCAGAUACUUUGACCUCUAUGACCCUCCACCAGAUGUUAGCUGCGUUGACCUAGAUACAAACACCAUCUCGCAACCUGGAGACAAACGAAACCUUGCCUGGAAGAUCUUGCCAAAGAAACCGUGCAAAAACCUGAUGAACACUUUAAAUAACUUAUAUCAACAGCUAGCAGAAUUGCAACAAAGACCCAGAGAUGAUGCGCUGAUGGAGCUGGCCAUGAACGACUAUGAUUUCUAUUCGGGCUCAAAACUGCAUCUAUUGGAUUUGGAAAUCCAGGAGGCGUUUCUCUAUUUCAUGGCCUCGAUCCUGAAAGGUUACCGGUCCUACCUAAGGCCUAUUACCCAAGCGCCAUCUGAAACGGCGACAGAUGCAAGCUCCCUCUUUGAACUUCAAGGGUUCUUAAAAAGCCGCGAUCGUUCGCAUCAGAAGUUUUACACCAUGAUGACCAAGACGCAAAUGUUUAUCCGCUUCAUCGAGGAAUGUUCCUUUGUGAGCGAUAAAGAUGCAAGCCUUGCGUUUUUUGAUGACUGUGUCGACAAAGUUGACAUGGAUAGGACUGGAGAGAUGCGGCUCAUGGAACUGGACGAAUCCUACAGGAGCGAGCACACGGUUUUCAUCACUCCCCCUGAGAUCCCUCACCUUCCCAAUGGAGAAGAACUUCCAUCGCAGUACAGUUACAAUGGGUUUCCUGUGCUGAGGCAAGAUUUGUUUGAGCGGCCGGCGGGACUCCUGACAAUACAAAACCACAAAUUAUCUUCCAAAGCCAGCAGUCCGAACAGCCCUCUGCCCAUGUUCAGGAGAACAAAACAGGAAAUCAGGUCGGCCCAUAAGAUCGCUAAGAGGUACUCCUCCAUCCCUCAGAUGUGGUCCCGGUGUUUGCUGCGCCACUGUUACGGCCUAUGGUUUAUCUGCCUCCCAGCCUAUGUCAAAGUCUGCCACUCCAAAGUGAGAGCGCUGAGGACAGCCUACGAUGUGCUGCGGAAGAUGCACACUAAAAAGAUUGACCCACCCGAUGAGGUGUGCUACCGAGUGUUGAUGCAGCUAUGUGGACAAUAUGGCCAACCUGUGUUAGCUGUGAGGGUCCUUUUUGAAAUGAAAAAAGCUGGAGUUGACCCUAAUGCCAUUACAUAUGGUUAUUAUAAUAAGGCUGUUUUGGAAAGCACCUGGCCAUCCAGCAACCGAAGUGGCUAUUUUCUGUGGACAAAGAUAAGAAACGUCGUCUUAGGUAUAGCACAGUUCAAAAGAGUCCUGAGGAAGCAGCCUGCAAACGGCAUCCACAAAAGUCUUUCUGAAGCAGAGCAUUCGGAUCUCUUCUACAAACUCUCCAAAGAAGCUGUGACGCAAGGGAAAGCAACCACUCAGAAGAACGGAGAGCAAAAAGAAGAGAAAAAGGAGAGCGACUCCCGCUCCUUAUCUGAGAUAGAGAAUGGGAAAGGUAGUGGCGACUGCCUCCAUGCAUUAAAUUAUCGGAAUUCCAACAGCACUAAGACUGCUUCAAGGAUUGUUCGUAUCAGUGAUACCAUUGGCAAAAUAACAGAUGCAGCAGGAAAUAUUGGGACAGAAAGCUCUGCUGGGUUACUGUUCUCUUCCUUUGAAAACACCAAGAAAACAAGAGUUACUAAAGUUUCGCACUUAAGAAGCAAGCAUUUAAAUGCAGCUGACUUAGAACAUAAGCAGACGGUUUGGAGGAACAGGAACCGCAACCUGAGUGGAGAUGCCCUGAUCGAACUCAUGAAAAAUCAGAUUAACCAGGAAAUAAAUCCGGAAGAGAUUGUUGAGAAACUCGGAGUAGAUGCCAAAAUUCUUUCCAAAGUAUUUGAGAAGCGCAUCAGACCCACGACUCUCCAUAUCAAGCCGUCUUCUUUGGAAAGCAUUAAGAGAGGAAACCUGGAGAAAGAAUCCAGUGACGAGGACACGCCUUACGAGAACUGUUUUGUGGACAAAAUGGAGUCUCCGGUUAUAUUUGACUUGGAAGAUUUGGACCACGAACCCAUCUUAGUUAAAACCAUGAAGCCAUCGCAUAAAAAACCACAAAGGAUCCAGCGCGCUAUCAGCUUUCCCUUAAAGACCAUUGAGAAAAUGGGUGUUGAAAGAGGAUUCGAUCCAUUGUCUUUGCUGGCCGCUGAGGUCGAGACGCAGGAAGAGGAGGAAGAGGAGGAUAGGAGUGCCUCGACUCCGUCCACAAGGCGAGAUUUGGCUGAGGAAAUAGAGAUGUAUAUGAACAAUAUGAACAGCCCCUUAACAAGCCGGGCGCCAAGUGUCGAUCUGCAAAAAGCCUGCAGUGACAAGAACUCUCUGAAAAGGAGCCCGACAUUUGCUCAGCCACGCCGGCGGUCCAGCCUCCCUCCAAACUCCCCCAGGCCGACCAGCCUCAUCAAAUCCAAAAGCUACCAGGCCAAAAAUGAAGACAGGGUCAGGGACAGGCUUUGGUCCUCCCCGGUGUUUUCGCCACACGAUUUCUCAAGGGGACAGUCUCAGGAUGUGGCGGGCACCGUAAUGCUGGCUUCUCCCACUGCCUUCAAUUUGGACACUCUCCUGACGCCAACCUUCGACGUCCUGAAGAACAGUAUGUUUACUGCAGGGAAAGGCGUGGCGGAGAAGGCCAGCAAGUGGUACUCAAAGUUUACUACGUAUGCAUCGUCAUCCAAGGACCAAAAUUCGGACCGGGCAAGCAUUUCCUCUCUGGGAGCCCUGGAUUCGGAAUCUACCUCUCUGACUGAUGAAGACGUCUGCAAUGAUUUCGACAGUAACUCUUCCUUUCAAGAGAAUACAUCCUCUGUUUUGAAAGGGAUGGGUUUGAGCAGGACGAGCCUGGAGAGCUCCGCUUCCAACAACGGCUCCUCAAAGCGCAGCUCCCUUUCAAAGUUUCCUUUGCCUGACAAGUCGGAGCUGGUGUCAUCUUGCAGUACGAGCAGUACGAGCGUGUUUCAGAAUUAUGCAUUGGAGGUCCUCAUCUCAAGUUGUUCACGGUGCCGGACCUGCGAUUGCCUCGUCCAUGAUGAAGAGAUCAUGGCCGGAUGGACCGCCGACGAUUCCAACCUGAACACCACUUGCCCUUUCUGUGGGAACUUGUUCUUACCUUUCUUGAACAUCGAAAUCAGGGACCUCCGGGGGCCUGGAAGGUAUUUUCUGAAGUCCAGUCCCUCGUCAGAGAACAUGCAGCUUCCUUCCUCUGUUUCGAACCAUACAGGAAAGCCUUGUGCCUCUGAUUCCACUUCAGGACUGACAAUAUCCCUAGUCCCUGCUCAUGACAGCUUACACUCAGAUAGCAGCAAGUCCAAACAGUCACCUACCAGCUGCACCAGGGGCAUUCAGAUCCCUUCCAGAAGGAAACAGAACUCUGUCCGCACUGAACACAUCAGCCACCCCUUGUCCAGGAGCAUCAGUGCCUCCAUUCCCCUGGAAGCAGAGGAGACCGAGGGCCACAAGCACGGCCAUGUGAUCCCCACAGGGAGCCUGCCCACCUCCUUACAAGGGACAGCAGACCCUCUGGGGAUAGAGUGGCAUUUCCCCAGCCCAGAGCCUAUCACUGUCCCUUACCUGAGUCCUCUGGUUGUGUGGAAAGAGCUUGAAAGUUUACUAGAAAACGAAGGGGACCAUGCAAUUGCGGUGGCGGCCUUUGUGGACCACCAUCCCAUUGUCUUCUGGAACUUAGUGUGGUACUUCCGUCGCCUGGACCUGCCCAGUAACCUUCCAGGGUUAAUCCUGUCCUCUGAGCACUGCAAUAAGAACUCAAAGAUUCCAAGAAACUGCAUCUUGGAGGACAGCAAGUAUGUCCUCAUCCAGAUGUUAUGGGAUAACAUGAAGUUACACAAAGAUCCAGGGCAACCUCUGUACAUUUUGUGGAAUGCCCAUACUCAAAAGUACCCCAUCGUUCAUCUCCUGCAGAAGGAUGACUCUUCUUUUAACCAGGAGCUUUUAAGAAACAUGGUGAAGAGCAUUAAGAUGAACGACGUCUACGGACCGAUGAGUCAAAUCCUGGAAAGACUUAAUAGAGUCCCACAAAUGAAGAGGCAAAGGAGCCUUUACAGAGAGAUUUUAUUCCUCUCCCUUGUUGCCCUUGGAAGAGAGAACAUUGAUAUAGAUGCUUUCGACAGAGAAUACAAAAUGGCUUACGACCGCCUGACAGCAAACCAGGUCAAGAGCACCCACAAUUGCGACAGGCCUCCCAGUACCGGAGUGAUGGAGUGUCGGAAAAUAUUUGGGGAACCGUACCUUUAAGGGAUAAAAAAGAAGAUUCGCUAUGUAAGGAAUUCUUUGCAGUGUUCAUGUGUGUAAAAAAGAACUAGAGAGACUUCAGAAAGACUUUCGCCCUCCUCCAUUCACAUUCAGAUUGCUUUUUCAUCCAAAUUUCCCAGAAUGGAAUUUGUCUCACUCGUAAACAAUGGGCCAAGGAAGGCUCUGUUUACUGGGAUCGUCUCUACAAACCACUACAUGGUUUCUAUUAUCCAAUAGAAGAUGAAGCAAAGAUAUGGACCAAAACCAUGCACUAAAAGUUUGCGUGAACAAAAUAAGCUUUUUUUCAAAACUGUUUACAGAGAAUGUUUAGGUGAGGAAGAAAUGUUACAGAGUGCAUACCAGAGUUGUAUAAUAUUUUAAAUUAUUUAUAGUAAGUUCCUAUUUUUUUAACUUUUUGAAUAGCGAAUUAAAUGAGCCUGUUGCAUAAGCAAUACCUUUUGCCCUCCUUCAGAAUAAGGUUUAUAGCAAAUUGUCUUUUUUCCCCUCCCAAGAAAAAAAUCCCCCCUUUUCUAAAAAAAACUAAAAUUAAAACAGAAAGAUGACUUUUACUAGAUCAGAAUAAGAAUUGUCAAUAUAUUUUCCAAAAAGGGGGAAAAAAGGAAAAGAGGAAUCUACAAUGCAAACUAGCUGAAAAGAAUUACAGCCUUAUGUGAAGAUGUCAGAAUAAAAGAUGCAUUUGGUCACUUUUAAGAAAUCUGAGGUGACAAGUCCUUUGGGGUCUCCUUUGCUGGAUCUUCUCAGAAAGGAAUGUGUGAGAAGGAUGGCUUUUGGGAGCAAAUACUGGAAAUAUUCUCUUAGAAAUGAAUUUAUGACCUCUCCUUUGUCCAAAAAAAAUCAAGAAUUUAAAAACAUUUUAAAUUAUAUAAAGUGUCAAUAAUAUUUUUGUAUCGAUUCAUAAUGUUUCCCCCUUUACAUGUGUCGCUUUUUGUGGAGUAUUGGAGAGGAUGUAUUGUCGAAGGCUUUCAUGGUCGGAAUCACUGGUUGUUGUGAGUUUUCUGGGCUGUAUGUCCAUGUUCCAGAAGUUUUCUGUCCUGACAUUUCGCCAUAGAUGCAGGUGAAACAUCAGGACAGAAUGCAUCUAGAACAUGGCCAUACAGCCCAGAAAACUCACAACCUAUUUGAGAGGAGAUUGGUCAUCAUUUUGGGAGCCGUGGUGGUGCAAUGAGUAAACCCUUGUACUGGCUGGACUACCUGAAAGUUGGGUUGCUGACCUGAAGGUUGCCAGUUCAAAUGUGCGGAAGGGGGUGAGCUCCCAUCUGUUAGCUCUAGCUUGUGGGGACAUGAGAGAAGCCUCCCAGAAGGAUGAUUUACACAUCUGGGCGUCCCCUUGGCAAAGUCUCUGUAGACAUCCCAUUCUCUCACACCACAAGCAACUUGUAGUAUGUUCUCAAGUCACAGUUUAAAAAAUUGGGUCAUUUAAAUGAAACAGUUGUGGAAUUAUCUCUUUUUUAUUAAUGAAUGUUACGAGUUUAGUUAUGAACAUGGCCAUUCAGUAUUUUGACUCAAGGGAAUUAAUUUUCUCCAAUUAUUCCAAUUCUAAUGUGUUGGUAUUAACAUUUCCAAGCUCUGGCCAGAAGCCACUGCUGUACAGAUAAUUCCUUCCAAAGGCGAUGAUCUAAAAAGGGACCUUAGGGCCAUCUGUAGGAUCUUGGGCCAUCUUUCUUCAAACAGCAAGCCCUUUUAUUAUUAUUAUUAUUAUUAUUAUUAUUAUUAUUAUUAUUAUUAUUAUUAUCCAGACCAUAGAUCAGGCAUGGGCCAACUUGGGCCCUCCAGGUGUUUUGGACUACAACUCCUCAGGCCCUUUCCUUUUCCCCCUCAACCACUUAAGCAGAAAAAAAGGGAAAAGGAAAGGGCCUAAGGCUGUUAGGAAUUGUGGGAGUUGAAGUCCAAAACACCUGAGGGGUUGAAGUUUGCCCGUGCCUGCCAUAGACUGUUUUUUGAAUGCUCUGCAUUUUCAAAAGCGCUUUGUCAUUUAUUUCAAGGGGUUGACUGCUUGCUGUUCCAGAGGGAGGGCCCUAAAGCAUCUUAUCUUUCUUUAGAUCCCGGGAAGUGGGGGAGGGGGAUACUUUUUCAUAGGAAUUUUGAGCGUAUGACGGAGGAAGGCCCACGUCCUCUUCCCGAGCUCCAUUUCUUGUUUGCUGUGAUGUAAAAAAAAACAAAAAACCUACAAAUCCAUCUUUGACCUUUGCUUAGAAAACUAAACCUCUCCCGAGUUUUGUCAAAAUAUUUUUGAAAAAACAGUGUGUUUUAAGUGUCAAAGUUGCCUGAGCAGAUUUCUUUAUCUGGAAGUCAAGGGAGCUGUGGCGGUACAAUGGGUUAAGAAUAAUAAUAAUAAUAAUAAAUUAUUUAUACCCCGCCACCAUCUUCCCAAGGGACUUGGGGCAGCUUACAUGAGGCCAAGCCCGACAACACAUCAAUAAAACAAAAAAGCAGUAAACAGAAAACAAUACAUAUAAACAAUAACACACAAAAACCUAUGGCUGGGCAUGAACAAAGGUAGGAUAUAUCUGGUAGGAGGGUUUUAAAAGAAGUGAAGGGAGCGCAAUCCAACAAAUAGUUAAAGUGCUUCUCAGGACAUCUGGGAAUUAUUUCCUUUUUCCGGGAAGGCACACUGGAACAGCCAUGUUUUUAGGCUCCUCCUAAAGACUGCCAAUGUGGGGGCAUGCCUAAUAUCCUUGGGAAAUGAGUUCCAGAUUCGGGGGGGCACCACUGAAAAGGCCCUCUCUCUUGUCCCCACCAAUCGUGCCUGUGAGGGGGGUGGGAGCGAGAGCAGGGCCUCUCCAGAUGAUCAAAGAGACCGUGUGGAUUCGUACACAAAAAUGCGGUCACACAGGUAGGCAGGUCCCAAACCGUUCAGGGCUUUGUAGGUAAGAACCUGCACCUUGAAUUGGGACCGGAAAAUGAACGGCAGCCUCCUUAAACAGGAGGGUUGACCACUCCCUGUAAGUCGCACCAGUUAUGUUAAACCCUUGUGCCGGCUGAACUUCUGACCUGAAGGUCAGCAGUUUGAAUCCAUGAGGCGGGGUGAGCUCCUUUCUGUCAACUCCAGCUUCCCAUGCAGGGACAUGAGGGAAGCCUCCCACAGGAUGGUAACACAUCUGGGCAUCCGCUAGGCAACAUCCCUGCAGACGGCCAAUUAUCUCACACCAGAAGCAACUUGCAGUUUCUCAAGUCAAUUGUGACACGAUUAAAAAAAAAAAUCUGAAAGUCAUCCUAACAUCUGGUCUAGUCAUUUCAGUUCAGUUGUGUGUCUCAAUAGAGAUCAAAGUGGGAUGUUAAUAAUAACAACAAGGAUGAUGUUGGCUCUCCACAUUUUGCAGAUUUGAUUGACAAGGUCUCUCCAAGUCUUCUAGCACUGUCCUAAUAUCUUUUAAUACGUGUUUUAACAGCUCCGUGUUUUCCUCUGUGUGUUUUAACUAUAUUGUAAACCACCUUGAGGAGAGGUGGGUAGGAAAUGAAACAUUACUAUUAUUAUGUUGGAAUUUCAAAUAUCAGUUUAUGGGUCUUUUCACCCCCAAAUCUUUCCAAGUAACUGCUUCUUAGAUGCACCGUUGGUCCAUAAACUGUGAUAUUUCCUUCACAGCUCUCUAAAGUCACAGGCAUUCAACUUUUCCUAACUUAAUCCAAGGAUAUAUAACUGGAGAAAUGAAUAAUCUUAAAUGUUAAGAGUUUCCAGUUCAAAGCAGAUACUGCUGGAUUCAAAAACUGGAUUCUAUGGCAAUGUCAAUCCAGCCACAGUUCUGUGCCUCCAUUAUAUGAUGUUUCACCUGUUUUGUAGUAUCUGUUCAAUACUUUGAAGAGCAAAAAAGCAUAAUUUCUUACUCAGUUCCAUGUUCAUCAUUCCCUGUAACUUUAGGAUUUUUCUUUCUUCGUUUGUACAAAUAUGGCUUUAUUGUGUAUAUGGCUUCUGGUAUUUCGAUAGGGAAUACUUGACUCCAAAGAGAGAAAUGGAUCUUCAUUCCAUGUAAAUGUGUAUAUAAAAGAAUUCUAACGCAAGAGGUACAAACUUGUACUUUAUUUCUGGAGAGAGAGAAAUAAAAAUAUGAAUUCAUUGGAAUUUCAAAACAGACAUUACAUUCACUUGCAGAAGAGCACUUUCAUAAAGGAACGGCUGUAGAUUUGUACAUAUGUAAUGUUGACAUUUUAUUUACCAACAAAAGGACAUCUGUGUCAGUGUUUAUUUUUGGUUUUGGAUUUGUAGGUCAAUUUCAAGGUGUAUAUUUUAAUGUUCACGCCAGGGUGGAAAAUGCCCUUUUCCCCUCAAAGUUCAUAGAACUUUGGUUCUAUUUAAUAUUUUACAAUGGCUCAAUAAAGAAAAGAAAAGAAA